AUGUCUGGAGAGCUGGGCAGGGAGAAUGUUGAACUCUGGGAGGGCUGUUUGUAUGGGGGCUGUUUGUCUUUUUGUCUGUAUGGGGGCUGUUUGUCUUUCUGUUUCCUUUUGAAACAUGUCACAAUGCCUGUUUGGAACCCUCUCCAGAGGUUUAGAAUGCUGGUGAACCCUCUCCAGAGGUUCAGAGUGCUGGUGAACCCUCUCCAGUGGUUCAGAGUGCUGGUGAACCCUCUCCAGAGGUUCAGAGUGCUGGUGAACCCUCUCCAGAGGUUCAGAGUGCUGGUGAACCCUCUCCAGAGGUUCAGAGUGCUGGUGAACCCUCUCCAGAGGUUCAGAGUGCUGGUGAACCCUCUCCAGAGGUUCAGAGUGCUGGUGAACCCUCUCCAGUGGUUCAGAGUGCUGGUGAACCCUCUCCAGUGGUUCAGAGUGCUGGUGAACCCUCUCCAGAGGUUCAGAGUGCUGGUGAACCCUCUCCAGUGGUUCAGAGUGCUGGUCAGCGUGGUGGACACACUUCUGCCUUGUGGUCUCUCGCCAACCCCAGACCCCUCUCCUCAUUCUGUGCUCUUAGAAGUCCUUCUCUACCUUCGCCCUCCUCCUGCUCCUCUCCCCCCUACUCCUCCCCCUCUACCUUGAAGUCUAUCCUUCUCCACUGGCUCUUGUAACUGAGACUGCAUCAGCCAUUUUGAUCAUCGCUGUCUUCCUGUAGGGGGCGCCAUUAUAGCUCGAAUGUGACCAACGUUCAGUGGAGCAUGCGAUGCUGAAAGGCUGUAUGUCGGUGUACCUGGCUGUAGUCCUGACUACAGAGGGACAGAGGGUUGGUUGAGUAAAUAAGUCGUGGAGGAAGGAGGGAAGUAGUAACGAAGAAGAAAGAAGUGGUAGUCCACUGAGAAGGAGAGAGCCUCUGAUGUCUGGAGAACUGGACUGUCUGUAAUCAACAACCAAAUGUGCCACACCCACUACCUGUAAUCCAGCCAUUCUAUUGGUUUCAAAUCCUUGCCCGUUGACCGUUCUGCCUACCGAUUGGUUAACUGUACAGCCAUCUACUCCACUCGAUUCUGCCAAACCGCUAUAGGAUGUUUUCAUCUUCUUUACUUUGACUGCAUCUGUCGUUUGAUCCAUUCUAUGAUGCUUCUACUUGACUCCAAUGGACUCUACUGUCCCAAUUGCUGAGACCCACAGCAACUCAUCUCUUCUUGUCUUUGACUAACUGACGCCCACAUAGCAGGGUAAACCAGGGAGAGCACUAAUUCAAGAGUAAUAACAAAUGAUGAUGAUGAUAUAUCUGAAUGUUAUUGAGCAAUGUUAUUUAAUUCUUCAGUCCACUGUGUGUAUAUAUUCAGAAUGAAAUGACAAGGUGCAUAUAUGAAUCGUUUUGAUCCAACUUAAGGUACUGUACCGCCGACCAUGUGGUGAGAAUUGAAAUACUUUUGUUCAAUAAAAGUUUUUACAGAAUACUAUAAAUGAAAAA